GACAGCAAACGAGAGACAGGCCACCAUGGCUCUUGUGACACUGGAGCUGUCUAACCUGGAGGGGGCUGCAACCCCCUCACAGGCAAAGAAUGAAGAUGAGAAAAGCAAAAGGAAACGAAUGCAGAGAAGGCAGAGUUUUGUCAUGGUCAAAGGGGCUGCUCUCCUCUUACAGGAAGAGGGAGAACCAGAAGAGGUUACAGAUUUCCCUUCAACAUCGGGCCCCAGUGAACAGCAGCUCCAUCUGCAGGCUAUGCUGAGAUUACUCCGAGAAGAAGACACACUAAAAUUGGCAGUGCGGCUGGAGCCUAUUCGCUUGUGUCUCAUUCGUUAUCUGCUUGUGGUUUCCUCCGUGGGAACAUCCUGUGAUGGAGAAACUAUCCUACUGGGUGUUGACUUCCCUCAUGACGGGUCCGAGGACUGUACAAUUGGCACUGUAUUACCUGUAUGGACUAACACACAGGUUUUCUUGGAUGGCGAUGGUGGUUUUAGUGUCACAUCAGGAAUGGAUGUCCGGGAAUUCAAGCCAAUCUCAGUCCAAACGAUGUGGUCACUUCUACAGGUGCUUCAUAAAGCCUGUGAAGGUGCUAUUUCAACCAACAUGACCGGCAGCAGCCUCCAGUCUGGAGUCAACUACUACAUGGGACUGUGUCUGUCACCUCAAGGUUGUUUGAAUGCAUGGAUAUCUUCCUCUGAAGUAACAUCCACCCGCAAGGACCCGAGUGCGCCAGAGAGAAAGGAAACUGAAAAAAUCAUUAAAAGAAAACUCAGAGAUAUCCUGAGGGAGUGUGACCUGGAGAACAUAACAUCCAAGGAGGUAAGGAAUGCCCUCGAGCAACACUCUCAGUGUAAUCUGCAGCAAUACACAGAGUUUAUAGAUAAUGAGAUGAUUAUAAUCCUUGCACAGAUGGACAAACCUUCUGAAAUCUUCCCAUAUCUUUAUCUGGGGUCUGAGUGGAAUGCAUCUAACUUGGAAGAGCUUCAGAGGAACAAGGUCAGUCACAUCCUGAAUGUUACUCGGGAAAUUGACAACUUUUAUCCUGGUAUCUUUACGUAUCUGAAUAUCCGUGUUCUGGAUGAAGAGAGUACAAAUCUCCUGCAGCAUUGGAAGGAGACACAUAAUUUCAUUUCCUCUGCCAGGCAAAUGGGUUCAUGUGUGCUUGUUCAUUGUAAGAUGGGUGUAUCUCGCUCAGCUUCCACGGUUAUCGCUUAUGCUAUGAAGCAGUAUGAGUGGACAUAUGAUGAGGCUUUAGAAUACGUAAAGAAGAAACGGAACAUUGUCCAACCAAAUCCUGGAUUUACAAGGCAACUCCAAAUAUACCAGGGUAUCCUAGGAGCCAGUAAGCAACGACACAAUUGCUUAUGGGAUGCCAGCUCAACACCACCGCGCCAUCCCCAGGCAAGCACCAUUGAUACUUUACCUGGCGUACGGUCAUCUUCUCAUACCACACGACCAAUGAAGAUGAGUUUACGUACUCUUAUGCGCUCAAUUAGUGAAAUGGAGGGAAGAGAAACUCCACGGGAUGAUGAAACCAUGAAAGUGGAAGAAAGGGACAUGGAGAAAGAGGAGGGAACAUCCGAGAGGGAGGCAUGCACAUUAGAACAGAUUGAGAGUGAAUUGAAGAUGGAAGAAACUAUAAUGGAGAAGAACAAUAGAAACAUGGAUAACGAGCAUGUUAAGAACAUAAAACAAGUUCGUUUUGAUGAUCAACAUGACCGCACCAUGGGAGAAAAUGAGUUUAGUGAGAGAACUGAAGAGGAUGCAAAGACUCUUUGUAUGCCAUUGGAAGGAGAUACUUCCACACUGGGGAGCCUAAAUUCUUCACAAGACAUGGAUUCAAUAAAUGAUGAGAGUACGUCAGUAGAUGAGGUAUUUGUGAGUGGUUCACCUUCUCAAUCUCCGUCCCCACGAGCUUCAUCCUCAGCUCGCAGGAGGUCACGUCGCAGAAGGAAGAACUUGGCGCAGCCAUCUGUAGAGCUUUCACAUGGAUAUUUGGCAGUAAAAACUCAAUCUGUUGCAGAUCUAGAGGGUGCUGCAAUUGUGUCCAGGCGUCUGCAAAAAGAGCGAAGAAAGGGGAUCAUUCGCCAAAACAAUAUUACAGAAACAUUAGAGGAUGCAUCAUAGGAGUACAUUGUAUUUCAGUAUGUUUAAUCCGCUGCUUCUUCCACAAAUGAACAUACAAAAAUGGACACUGCGUCAUUCUGAUGCAUUGCAGACCCAAAAUUUGUGAAAUACCGAUGGUUGUUAAUAUUUUUAUAGAAAAAUGUUUUACUUUUUAAGUAUGUACACUGUAAUAAUAAAAUCUGAUUUUAUGUGUUAAUACAUUAAAAUAACAUGUUUUAAUUUUAUUUCUUAAAAUAAAAUUUUUUUCGAGUCAUUGAAAAUGAAAUACAUAAAUAACAGAGAUGUAAUCAGGACGAAAUUUUAAUUCAGAGGUGAUGUAAUUGAUCAAGUAUUGUGUGUGUAUACAUAACGGAAGUAGGAAGGAAUUCUCCCUAGCUGUUUGACAGCCAGGGGGGAGUUCUCUAGCUAAUUUUUAAAAGUGCUGAUUUCUCAUAGAAAUCAGCACUUUUAUAAACUGGGGUUUAAUAAGGGCAUUCCUCACCCAUAAAGCACUUCAGCAAGCAGAAGUGUUUUUGGUUUUGGAGUGGUCCUUUAAGAUGCUAAAAUGUCAAUUUCAGUUUUACCUCACUGUAUGUUUCAGGGCGGGGGGGGUUCAUAUUUUUUUUUUUUUUUUUUAAUCUUACUCCUGGAAUUUGAUAUGCAAAAUUGUUGUGAUUAAAUCAAAUAAUACAUAUUUAAAAAAUAAGAGAAAUACAAGCAUGUUUUUAUAGUGCAAACAUGAACAAGCCUACAUUUAUUUGUAGGGCUUGUGUUUUCAAAUUCUUUUAUAUCUUUGCCACUCACAAAGGCAGUUGAAAAACUAACAAAAGUGCAUGUAAAUAAGGCGCAAAUAUUUUGUUGCAUGGGUAUGGUUGUGUGAGGGUAAGGGUAAUAGUCUGACUGAAGAAUUUAAGUAACUCUCACCAUGUAAAUGUGUCUGAGAAUAUGUAGCAAUCUUUUACUGAUAAAUAAACCAAAAUGA